AUAAUUGUUCAGUGUCAAACAAUGGCGGAGAGGAAAGCCGGUGAUGAUGGUCAACUUCUUGUUGGAGUGGCGAUUACUGGAAGCCGUAAAAGCAAGUAUAUUCUCAAGUGGGCAUUGGAUAAAUUCCUUCCAGAAGGCAAUGUCACCUUUAAACUCUUACAUGUGUACCCCAAAAUAACUGUUGUGCCUACACCAAUGGGAACUUGGCUACCAGUAGCACAAGUUAGAGAGGAUGUGGUAGCUGGUUAUAGAAAAGAAACUGAAUGGAAGAAACAGAAGAAGCUUCUUCCAUACCAGAAAAAUUUGAAGGCACAAAAGAUAAAAGCAGAUAUUGUACUACUUGAAUCAGAUGAUGUAGCAAUGGCAUUGUCAUUAGAGACAGCUAAACAAGCAAUAAGACAUCUUGUUAUUGGGGUUUCAAAUACAGGCAUAUUUUCAAUGAAAAAUUUAUCACAGCUGGUCAGAGGAGAGGAUUUAUCACAAGUGAUCUCAGAAAAUGCACCAAGUUUUUGUUCAGUUUAUGUUGUUGCUGAUGGAAAACUUCAGCAAGUACGUCCUGCGGAUUCAGAACCGAAUGUAAUCACCAUGGAUGAAUCGAGUAAUUUGUCAAGCACAUCGACUGAUAGUUCUUCUAGCUCGUCUUCACUUACUAUAGGUCGUCUUUUAAAAAACAUACCUUCAUCACCAAGAUAUCAUGGAGGCUUUGCCGUUGGUUCCAAUUCCUCCAACGCCUCUACUCAACCAACACAACCCAAACCAAACCAAAAGCCCAGCAAUGGAGCUAAAGUAUUAGCAAGGGAGACGAUAGAACUUAAACAUUACGCGUUCAAAGAUACAAACUUCAAUUUUGGCAAUGCCAGUGCUCGGAGUCAUAGUUCUAGCAGCGACUCUGGAUCAUGGGUUUCUGAUCGAACUACUCCUGAAGGUUCCUUUGCCGGAAAUCAAUCUGAUGCCCCGUCCCCUAUAGGCACUCCGCCUCCAAGAUCUUAUCUGAGUACUCCACCUACUACAGGUGGAAUUAAUCUUGUUGGAACUCCGCCAACAAGUUCUUAUAUGGCCACUCCUCCUGCAGUUUCACCUGUAGGAACUCCGCCAACAAGAUUGUAUAAGGCCACUCCUCCUGCAAGUUCUCCUAUAGGAACUCCCCCAACAGGUUCAUUUAUUGGCACUCCACCUGCAUUCUCUGGUGCAGGAACUCCACCAGGUGGUUCAUAUGUUGGAAUUCCCCCUUCAUUCUCGAAAACAGCUUCUCCCUCUGUUUCCUUUUUAGGCGUUCCAACUGCUUCAGAAAUAGGUGUUUCUACCAAUCAGACAUCUGAACUAGAAAAGCUAAGGAUGGAACUAAAGCAUAUAGAAAAGAUGUACGAGCUGACUCAGAAUGCUGCGAUUGAUGAAAAGUUCCUCUUUCCACUUGAUCAGCUAAAUGAAAUAAGCAAGGAGCGAUUGGAAGAAGCACUAAAACUUAAAGAGGGAAGGGGUAAAGAGAUAGAAAUUGGCGAGAGAAGCAAAUCCGAGACACAAAGUGAAGCCAAAAAUUCAUGGGAAAAACCCGAAAGAAACAAUCACACCGACAAAGCAGACAUUAAAGCUGCUCAAGAAGCGGAAGACAAUAGGAAAAAACUUACAGAGUUGUUUGCAAGUCCUGCAGUUCAUUACCAGAAGUUCACUUGGGAAGAGAUCCUUGCGGCUACCUCAUCGUUAUCAGAAGAGUUUAAGAUAGGCGUAGGUGCAUUCGGGACAGUUUACAAGUGCAAGUUACAUCACACGACUGUCGCGGUUAAAGUCCUCCAUUCCAAAGACAGUGUCACGAACAAGCAAUUCGUUCAAGAGCUCGAAAUUUUGAGCACAAUUCGUCACCCACACUUGCUGCUGCUGCUUGGUGCUGUUCCAGAAGAGAGUUGCCUUGUAUACGAGUACAUGGACCAUGGAAGCCUUGAUGAUAGAUUGUUCCGGAAGAAUGAUAAACCUCCUCUACCAUGGUACGACAGGUUCAGAAUUUGUUGUGAGGUGGCAGGCGCGCUUGCUUUUCUACACAGCACGAAACCAAGACCUAUUAUACACCGAGAUCUAAAACCAGCUAACAUCUUGCUCGAUCAUAACUUAGUUAGCAAGAUUGGAGAUGCUGGUCUCGGAACAAUGAUCAAUGUAGAGCCCACUAAUCUGUCUUUGAAAACAAUAUACAAGGAAACUAGUCCGGUUGGUACACUUUGCUAUAUUGAUCCGGAGUAUCAAAGGACUGGAAGAGUUUCAACUAAGUCGGAUAUUUAUGCCUUAGGAGUAGUGAUCUUACAAAUAUUAACAGCAAAACCUGCUGUUGGGAUAGCCUAUUUGAUUGAGGAUGCUAUAGAUGAAGGUACUUUGUUGGAAGUCUUGGACCCGGAAGCUGGCGAAUGGCCAAAUAAGGAAACACUUGAAUUGGCUAUGUUAGGACUACAAUGUGCUGAGCUUAGGGGUAGAGAUAGGCCUGAUCUGAGGGAGAAAGUUCUUCCUUUCCUAGAGAGAUUGAAAGAAGUGGCUGAUAGUGCCCGGGAAUCAGCCUCAAACGCUCAAUCAGCAACACCGGCACACUUCAUCUGCCCCAUUCGUAAGGAUAUCAUGGAAGACCCAUAUGUAGCAGCUGAUGGAUACACAUACGAUCGCAAGGCAAUAGAGCAGUGGCUAACAGAAAACGACACAUCGCCUACAACGAAUCAAACACUUCCUCACAAGUUCAUUAUGCCAAACACCACCCUACUUGAGGCUAUUAAGCAAUGGAAGUCCAAAAGACCCGCGAAAUGAGUAAUAGUACUCUUAGGAUCGGAACUAAGACUACAAUGUAACGGCUUGCGUGUUUUUGUGGAAGAGAGCAUUGUGUAUAGUAUAUGAAACUACAGCAACUACAACUAUUCUAGACCUUCAAUGGUCUACAACAAAAAUUAUUA